AGUAUAGGUCGGUUAGUUGUUGAAAAACACAAGGCAGCGGAUAUAGUUGGUUCCUCUUUAAUCAGAGCUCCGUUUUGACUCACAGCUAUGGCGACCAUGGCCUCUCUCGCCGUCGCCGCCCCCAAUUUCACGACCUCCUUCCUCGGCAAGAAACUUAGCUUUCGUGAAAAUACGAAGCUGCAAAAGAGUUGCUCCUUCCUGCGAAACCCUAGGUGUGCAGCUACAUCCUAUGGAGGUAAUACUCCCAAGUUCCCUCGGGUCAGUGUUUGGGAUCCAUAUAAGCGUCUUGGUGUGAACCAGGAUGCUUCUGAGGAGGAGAUUUGGGGAUCGCGCAACUUUCUAUUGCAACAGUAUGCGGGACAUGAGAGAAGUGAGGAGUCAAUUGAAGCUGCUUUCGAGAAAAUAUUGAUGACAAGCUUCAAGCAGAGGAAGAAAACAAAAAUCAACUUGAAGAGCAGGUUAAAGAACAAAGUUGAAGAGUCUCCACCUUGGGUUAAGAAUUUGCUCAGUUUUGUGGAAAUUCCAGCCACUGAAGUUAUUUUUAGAAGAUUGUUCCUCUUUGCAUUCAUGGGUGGCUGGAGUAUUAUGAACUCAGCUGAAGGGGGACCUGCUUUUCAGGUGGCUGUGUCCUUGGCAGCUUGCAUAUACUUCCUAAAUGAUAAGAUAAAGAGCUUGGCCAGAGCUUCUGUUUAUGGACUUGGAGCACUCGUUGCAGGUUGGGUGUGCGGUUCAAUCUUGAUUCCAAAUAUUCCUUCAAUGUUCUUAAACCCGACUUGGACUCUCGAACUUCUAACGUCACUAGUAGUUUAUGUGUUCCUGUUCCUUGCUUGCACUUUUCUCAAGUAAAACUAUUUUGUCUGGACACAUCAUUCGAAUUUAUGUUAUUCGGUAGGUUGCAAACUGAGCCAAACUCCAUUUUCGAUAUAUCGAGGUCUAUGUUUUGGGGUUCUCUGAAACUUGGGCUCUGAAACUUGGGACUUGGGAGUUUGAAAUCCCAAAUUCCCAAUUGUGCAUCUCUGUUACAAUCGUCUUCAUCAAAUGGCUCUCACGUUAGAGUCAUUCUUUCUGACUAGUUGGUUCUUUGUUUAUGCACAUUCAUGUACGAUAACACUGGAUUUGAUGAGGACAAACAGACGUAGGUACUAAACAAUAUAGUUCCAAGUAAAUUAUACGAUGCAAUGAUUUUGAUGAGCUUGAACAGACGUUAC